AUGGGUAAGACAAAGAGUAUGACUAGAGACCAGAACCAUGAUGAUGCAUCUAUCAGGAAGAAUUGGUCAGAUCUCAACCAUGAUGUGCUUUUCUUAGUUAUGAUGCAACUUGGAGUUGUUGAUUUUCUUGCAUUCAGCAGAGUUUGUAAGUCAUGGAGAUCACUCGCUCUAUCUAACAAGAACAAGUUUAUAGUGUCCAGACCACCCAUGGCUAUAUCUAUAUCUAAUGAUGCUAAUGAGAAUGAGUGGUAUCUAUAUCUAGAGGACUCUCAAGGGAUAAAGUUCAAAACCAUUCUUCCAGCUCAUUCUGAUUACAAGCAAUGUAUUGGAGUAAGUUGUGGUUACUUGAUUCUGAUUGGUGAGGAAACCAACGACUUAUGGCUUGUGAAUCCUAUCACAAGGCAUGAAUUUCAUGCUCCUUUCCCUUUCCUUGAUAUCCGCUUUUACAUUCAUGGUCUGGGGGUUAUCCUUGUCUUUUCUCCUUCAAUAUCCGCGUGGGUGUUUGUUGUGAUCAAUAGAUUUUGGAACAAAAUAUGGUUUUGUAUAGCUGGUAAACGAGAAUGGACUUGUGUCUUCACCCCUUUAAGCAUAUAUGAUUUACAUGUUUUCAAAGGGAAGAUAUAUGCCCUACACCCCAAUAAUUUUUUAAGUGAAGUGAGACUUUUUCCAACACCCAAAGUAACGUUACUUGAAAUCAAGAAUUUUUCAACGACAGAGCGCAAAAUGGAAUGGGUGUCACCUGAAAAGACAGGAGAAGAAUAUGCAUUCUUUCUUAGCACUAACAAUGGUGCUUUUCUUAUACGAAUAGAGCCGUGGGCUGAUCUUUACUCACAAUACAGUAAAUAUUCUUUUCCCGCUAAAAAUGGAAAAGACAGGAAUUACGUGCUGCUUAUUAUUGACAUGUUGAUCUGA